GGGGGGGUCUCAGGGGGAGUUUAUGCUAUGGUGAUCAGCCUCCUUUCUGAUUCUUUUCGCUGCGGCUUUGAGGGAUUCACCACACGGGACAAAGGAUAGUAAACUAAGAACGAGGAGGAGGAGGAGGAAGCAGCAGCUCCGGGGCUGCUGAGGCCUGUGUGGUUUUUUUUGUUUGUUUGUUUGUUUUUGUUUUUGUGUGUGCCAGGCCCAAACGCAGCCAUGGUGAAGCUGGCGAACCCUCUGUACACUGCCUGGAUCUUGGAGGCCAUCAAGAAGGUGAAGAAGCAGAAACAGCGUCCAUCAGAGGAGCGCAUCUGCAACGCCGUUUCCACGUCGCACGGCCUCGACCGCCAGACCGUCCUCGAGCAGCUUGAGCUCAGCGUUCAGGAUGGCACCGUCCUUAAGGUCUCCAACAAGGGCCUCAACUCCUACAAGGACCCCGACAACCCCGGGCGCCUGGUCCCACCCAAGCCCAAGGGCGGAGUCAGUACGGGAGGAGGAGGAGGAAGUGGGGCUUCCAAGAAGGCAGCGCUGGAUUGGAACAAGUUGAUCCGACGCGCGUUAGAAGGGCUGCACGAGUCUGGAGGGUCGUCUCUCAGGAGCAUCGAACGCUUCCUGAAGUGCCAGGCGGACGUAGCGAGCCAGCUAACGGGCACAGCGGCGCCCAGGAUCUUCCACCAGCAGCUCAGGCUCGCGCUGAAACGGGCCGUUGGGCACGGGCGUGUCCUUAAACACGGCCCGCUGUUCCGGCUUGCAAACAGCAACGAUGGAAGCGACGGUGGGGAUGGACGUGUAGCGCUGGAGUCUCUGCCUCCUGUACGCCCUCUGCCUCAUGAGAAAGAUCGGCCCGUGGCUGAGCCCAUCCCUAUCUGCAGCUUCUGUUUGGGGACCAAGGAGCAGAAUCGGGUCAAAGAGCCAGAGGAGCUCAUCUCCUGUGCCGACUGCGGAAACAGCGGUCAUCCAUCCUGUCUGAAGUUCUCCCCGGAGCUGACGGCCCGAGUUAAAGCUCUGUGGUGGCAGUGCAUCGAGUGUAAAACCUGCAGUAGCUGUCAGGACCAGGGCAAAAACGCGGAAAACUUGUUGCUGUGUGAUUCCUGUGAUCGAGGUUUCCACAUGGAGUGUUGUGACCCCCCACUGACCCGAAUGCCGAAAGGUAUGUGGAUCUGUCAGAUCUGCAGGCCGAGAAAAAAGGGACGGAACGUUUUACAUGAAAAAGCAGCACAAAUCAAGCGGCGGUACAACGCCCCCCUGAGUCGACAGAAGGGCAGGCCAGGUCGCCCCUUUAAGAAACUUCGGGGGAGCGGGCGUGGCCGACGGAGGAGAGGCGCUGGAGCAAGUCACUCACGAGGCUCCGCCUCCCCGCACUCGUCCUCGAGUUCGUCAUGCGAUGGCUACCUGGGUGACGGUUACCCAGGUGACGACCGGCUCCUGUUCUCUCGGCGUGAGGAGGAGGAUGAGUCUCAGGGCGUGGCACGCUUCAACAGGAAGACCAAAGGGCUGAUCGACGCCCUGAGCAAGUUCUUUACUCCGUCGCCGGACGGACGCAAAUCCCGUACAGAGUCGCUUGACUACGCACAGCAGCACCGCAUUCGCAAGAAGAGCGGCCGGAAAUCAGACGCGCACCAGCGCACAGGGGACAAUCAAGAGUGUGGUGACGACUGGAAGGAAGAUGAAGAGAAGUUGCCGGGACACGAGAACCUGACUGAGAAGGACGUGGAACUUUUCAGACACAUCCAGGAGCUGGCACUACAGAAAGUUGGCGUGACGGGGCCUCCAGAUCCACAGAUGCGCUGUCCCUCCGUCAUCGAGUUCGGGAAAUACGAGAUCCAGACGUGGUACUCCUCGCCGUACCCUCAGGAGUACAGCAGACUUCCUAAGCUGUACCUGUGUGAGUUCUGUCUGCGCUACAUGAAGAGUCGCAGCAUCCUGUACCAGCACAUGCGCAAGUGCACGUGGUUUCACCCGCCUGCCAACGAGAUCUACAGGAAGGACGACAUCUCUGUGUUCGAGGUUGAUGGGAACAUCAGCACAAUAUACUGUCAGAACCUCUGCCUGCUCGCCAAGCUCUUUCUGGACCACAAGACUCUCUACUACGACGUGGAACCGUUCCUUUUUUACGUGCUCACGCAGAACGACUCCAAAGGGUGUCAUCUGGUCGGAUACUUCUCCAAGGAGAAACAUUGCCAGCAAAAGUACAACGUGUCCUGCAUCAUGAUUCUUCCACAGUACCAGCGCAAGGGCUACGGACGCUUCCUCAUCGACUUCAGUUACUUGUUGUCUAAGCGGGAAGGCCAGCCUGGUUCUCCAGAGAAGCCUCUGUCUGAUCUGGGCCGCCUCUCCUACAUGGCUUACUGGCGGAGCGUGGUGCUCGAGUGCCUACAUGAGGUUCGAGACCGAAAGCUCACCAUCCGCCGCCUCAGCAAGAUCACUGGCAUCUGCCCUCAGGACAUCACAGCCACACUGCAGAACCUGAACAUGCUGGAGCACAGAGGGGACCGGCUAGUUCUGGUUCGCAGGGAAAAGCUGGUGUCGACUCACAUGGCCCGUCUCCAUGCCCGACCUCGGCUCCUAGAAGUCGACCCGGACUGCCUACGGUGGACGCCGGUCAUUGUCGCUAACCCAGUGGUGUCGGAUGAAGAUGGGGAUGAAGAUGAUGAGGAUGAAGAAGAGGAUGGAGAGAAGGAAAAUGACAAAGAUCUGAAAUCAAAUCGCAAAAGCUCCCCCCUGCCAUGGAAUUCAAGAAUAGACAAGGAGGACAAUGAAGAAGAAAAAAAGUGCUUUCCAACAUUCCCCAACAAUCCUAGCUCUCCACCCUCAUCCCCCAUACGCAACAGUCUCCCGAGCCCUGAAACCACACCUCUUCAAGCCAAUGGGGAGCGCCGGGGUCGUGGACGGCCACCUAAAAACUGGCCUUGGGGCAAAGUCAAGGAUCAACCUCGUCCCGGUCCAGGACGACCCCGGAAAACCAGGCUUAAAGAGGAUGAUGAAGGCGAUGAUCAAUCGCCAAACAAAAUGACACCAGUAUCCAUGUCUCCAUCUCCUCUCUUCACCUCUGAGAAUGAGCCAAGUUGUGCUGACCGGUUGACUGGGGCUUCAAGGCACUCUGCAGUCCCUCUGCCACGCAACAGAGGGCGCCCUGUACGGAAAAGGGGAGGCCCCAAACGCAGGUUGAGUGAGGAGUCGGGAGAUGAUGUGCCUUCUUUAACCACGGCACCUAGGCUCAGCGAGUCUCCGGUCCCUCGUUCCUGCUCAAGUGAAAGCAGUGAGGAUGAGGACUAUAAUGAAGAGAUGGGUGCUUGCUCCCCUCCUGUCCUUACCAAGCCAACAUUAGGGCUCAAAAGCAAGAAGCCCCCACGUAAAAGGCGCAUACGUCAGCGUAGCCACCCGCACAGCAGUGUGGUGACAGAAACCAUUUCGGAGACCACAGAAGUUCUUGAUGAACCCUUUGUAGACUCUGACUCUGAGAGACCCAUGCCCCGGCUAGAGGAGGAGACGCCAUUUGGCCAUAGCCUCCGCUGUUACCCACCUGCUCGUAAACACUUGGACUCUGCGCUUAAAACGAUUCGCUCAACCAAUCUCUCAGAAUCUGAUGAGGAUGAUCACACUCCUGUGCUGAAACCAGUCAGUGGCCUGAGAGGGCCAGAAGAGGCUGAGGUGUUAGAAAGAGUGGAGCCCUCGACUGCAACACCGGAGGUCCCUUUAAAGAAGAAGAAAGGCUGGCCUAAGGGAAAGAGCCGUAAGCCGCAGCACUGGAAGAAGGUUCCUGGGAGAAAGCCGGGAAGUGGGGCUGCCAGCCAGGUUGCUGACACCACUUUGACAGCCCAGUCCUCAGAGGAACCUGCGAGAAAAAAUGUUCAGAGCAAACCUGGAAGGAAGCGUCGAAAUUACCCACAACCGACCCAGGUUGAGGGUGCCCAUGAAGAGCUGGACAGAAGCCAGUUGUCUCAAUUACAGUUAGAAAAGCCAGAAGACCGAACCUUCAAGAGGAGACCACUGACGUCUGACCUCGACUGUGAAAAGCGUAAGGACUCUGAUGAGGAAGGCAUUUUCCCUCAGCAAACAAGAGAACAGCCAAAGCCCAAAAGACGAGGCCGGCCACCAAAAAAACCAAACCUUGAGCCCCCUGCUUCCAAACCCGCACCCAUCUCUGAGCCGGAGGACGAGGAGGAGGAAGAGGAGGAGGAGGAUGAAGAGGAUCAAACAUGGGCUGAAGAGAAGCCAAGUCGUUCACCUUCUUGCACGUUAACCCAGGCCUCCGACUCCCGGGUCCCUCAGAACAGAGAUGAUGUGGCAGACCAAGAGGAGGAUGGGGAAAGGGAGGAUGAGGAUCACAAUGACUCUAGCAACAGGAGAACAGGGGCUAUGCCAGGCUCAGGAAGCCGGCGAAGCGAAGAUCAUGAUGCGGAUGAUGAAGGAGAUGGUCGACUGGAGGAGAAAAGUGAUGCUGAAAAGAGGAGAAAAAACCAGGACUCUGAAGAUGAUGAGCUAGAAGAUGAAGAGGAGGAACAAUCAUCUCCUCGAUCACCACUUGUCAAAGAAGAACCGCAGAGUGGGGAGGGUUUUUUAGACGUGCAGGAGAGUGGGUCACAAGAGUACACCCACAAGCAGGAAGAGGUGGAAGAUGAGGAUGAGGAAGAAGAGGUCCAAGAGGUAAAAACCCACUCGGUUGACUCCCAGGAUGAAAGGCGGCGACGGGAGCAAGAGGAAUCUGCAGCUGCAGCUGCUGCUGUCGAGACCGUGACUUCCAUUGCAAUUCCUUCUGAUCCACCACACAUGCAGUCAAUGGAUAGCAAAUCUGACCUGAUGAUGGAGACGGAAAACCCUCAUGCAAACCCUGAGUUCAAAGACGAGUUGAGCCACCAUCCACAUGACCACCACCACAGCAGUGAACUGGACCUCGAGACAGUUCAGGCUGUCCAAUCCCUCACACAAGGAGAGGCCCAGGACGAGGAAGCUGAGCCACAUGGCGCUUACCAGGACUGUGAGGAGACACUAGCUGCUUGUCGAACGCUACAGAACUAUAGCCAUGGGGAGGGCGAGGAGGAAUCUCUCACCAUGGUGGAAGACUGUGGUGCCUCCCAACAUAGCAGCCCCAUGCCCAACCCUCCCAUGCCCCCUUUACCCAGUCAAUCUGUACGCUCUGUCAACAGCCCUGGAAUGACUCCGGGAUCUCUUGAAACUGGGGCAGGUGUGUCUGGUCCAGCUGGUGGAAAUGGGGGAAGCUAUACCCAAAUAACUCCAGAGCACCCUAGCUCACUUUCUGCACCAUCAUUGCAGAACAUGGAGACAUCACCCAUGAUGGACGUGCCAUCUGUCUCUGACCAUUCUCAACAGGUGGUGGACAGUGGUUUCAGUGACUUGGGCAGCAUCGAGAGUACCACAGAGAACUAUGACAACCCCAGUAGUUAUGACUCCACUAUGGGUGGAGGAGGUGGCAGUGGUGGGAACAGUGGUAGCGGAAGCAGCAUGUCUGUUACAGUAGCAGCUGUCUCAUCUGCAUCUUCCUCGUCCACCCCAUCUUCCUCUUCCUCACAAGGUAAUAGCUGUUCCUUUGUGUCCACUCCUGGCAUGUCGUCUUCCAGUGCUUCUGUGGGCUCUCAACUUGCUAUGGGCAGCUGCAGCUUAAUUCAGCAGGCUGGUCCAAAUGGUGGUCCUGGCUCUAAUGGUGGUAGUAGUACUGUCCCUCAGCCUCCACCUCCACCUCCUCCACCUUCAGCUAACACCUCGAGCUGUGGCAUAAAGUCCCCUCAAAGCUGUGUAAUUGAAAGACCCCCAAGUGCGAGCCAGCAGCAGCAGCAACAGCAGCAAAAGAAGGUUCCUCAGCAGCAACAGCCAAACCCUCAGCCCCAGCCUGCACCUUCAGCACCCCCACCUCCUCCUCCUCAGCAGCCGGCACUUUCCCAGUGCAGCAUGGGAAACAGCUUUACUUCCACACCCAUGAUUAUGGAGAUUCCAGAGAGUGCAGGAAGCGGUGGAAGUAGUCGAAGCAUUUAUGACCGAAUGGGCCAGGACUUUGGUGCGGGUGGCUAUGCUCAACCGUCUGCCACCUUCAGCUUGGCCAAACUCCAGCAGCUUACAAACACAAUCAUGGACCCUCAUGCCAUGUCUUACUCCCACUCGGCUGCUGUCACGUCUUACGCCACAAGCGCCACUUUGCCCAAUCCCAGCUUGGCACAGCUUGCCUCCUCCCCACAUCCUCCUCUGCCUCAGGCUCAGACCACCAUGACUCCACCUCCCAACCUCAGCUCUAGCUCCAUGAACCUUGGUACUCCCUUAAUCCAGUGCAACAUGCCCGGAGCCAACAUUGGCCUACCCCCUCCACCCCACACCCAGCGCCUUCAGGGUCAAAUGGCCACUGUGAAAGGCCACAUCUCUAUUCGUUCCAAGGCUUCCCAAAUUCCGGCCGGUUCCCCACACCAGCAGCAGCUCUAUGGCCGAAGCUCAAUGCAAGGUUCCCCUCGAACCCUGGCAGUGCAACGGGGCAUGAUGACCAACCUUAUGCCUACUCCGGCUGCUUACAACUCCAUGAACAUGAACCCACUGAAUGCAGCCAUGUCAGCCGGCUACCGCAUGCCUCAGCCCAUGAUGAACAGCGGGUACCACAGCAACUACAUGAACCAGCCUGCCCAGUACCCCAUGCAAAUGCAGAUGGGCAUGAUGGGAGGUCAGGCCUACCCGCAGCAGCCUAUGCAGCCCAAUCACCACGGCAACAUGAUGUAUGCUGGUCCCUCGCACCACAGCUAUGCUGGUGUCCCCAAACAGUCACCUUACAUGAGCAGAUGAGCAAGGGAGCAGAUAUGCAGAGACAAACAAGAGAGUAAAGACAGACAUUUAACCCCUUCCAGAAACAGACUCUCGCAACGGUCUCCGUGGUGUUACCGGAGUGCACCGACUUUCCCCGUGACCUGGAAAACGGUGUUCGCGUGGUGGAAUAGGAAGGUGCUGCCACUGGAGAGGUUUUACAUUUCAUGUCUUUACUCGUACAUUAUGGUGGAGAUGUUUUCACUUGGUUUCGCCCUACUGAAGCUGUGCAGCUGUAAUCGAGCUGACCAGGGUAACCAUGUGAGGCGUGAACAAACCUGAAUGCAUCGUGCAAAACGGGGCAGUCCUCUCCUUCCCCUGGUGUUCAGUGCUUAACGCGGGGUUGAAGAAGAAACGAAGCAGCUGCAGGACACAAAGAAUGGACAAGCAUACUUGCAUCUGAGGUUCAUAAUGAACACAACCUGGAUCAUGCACAGUCUUUGGAAUUGACAUAGGAAGCCUUACUUUAAAAAAAAAUAAUAAAAUAAAAAAUUGUAGACAAACUUGGCUCUUAGUAUAUUACCACCAUUUAUUUUAAAUGUUUUUUUUUCUUUUUUUUUUUCUUUUUUUUUUGGGAUGACCCUUAAAAUGCUUGUCUAGCCUCAUGCUUUGUGUGUGUGUGUGUGUGUGUGUGUGUGGCUAUACAGGGGGAAAGCGAUCCACACAUUUUUGCUCUUAUAAACAUUCACAUGCGCACACAGUCUGGGACAGAUGUACACACUCGCGGACACGUUUCAAAAGUCAAGGUGGAGGCACUUCUGUGUGUGAGACAGAGCUACUAAGGAGACACCAUGAGACAUAUCGAGUAAUCCGUGUCUUCCCAGUUCUCAGUAUAGGACCGCAUGUAUUUAAGAUUCCGAGGGAUGGAGAGACUGUACGUAGAUGUCCAUAAGUAGGAAGAAAGUAUCAGUAGCCUGAAUGGGACUAGAGCUCCUGUGAACCUUCUAGAUGUAAAUAUUCUGGUACUUCCUGAUUCACAGCCCCCCCUGUGAGCGCCCCCUCUGGUCACAAAAAUACACUCCACUCAGUCCGCGAGAGGGCACGCUAAUCAAGAGAUUUGAUUUUUUUUUUUUCCCCUUCUUUCCAUUUAAAUUUCAUACUGCACAGUGCACCACAGGAGUGGAAAGGGUUUUUUUGUUUUUUAAAAUCCACACUAAUGGCACUCUGUGUACGUGUUGACUCCAACUGCCACAUGACCAAUCAUGGAUCUUCAAAGCUUCAGCUGGUAAAGCAGUGCUGUUGGCCUUUAGCAACAAAGAAGAGGUGGACAGUAAUUUGCAGUGUCGUGCAAAAGAAACCAAGACACGUGCUCACAUCUUGGCUAAAGUGCAUGUCGUACAGGGACGGAUACCAGUAUAGGACAAAAAGCAGAGAAACUUGUUUGUAUUCCUUUGUAUGUCCAGUAUUCAGUGUCAAUAUGAGGAUUCUUAAAAGAUCUGAUGUUUUUGUAUAUUAUUUCUGUGUAUUUUUGUUUAUUUUUUUGUUUUAAUUUUUUUUCUGAAUUUUAUCAGACUGGGCAGCUUUCUUUUAUGACACAAGCUGACUCUUUUUGACUUUAGUAAACUUAUUGUAGAGAAAAUGUUUUUUCUAUAAUAUAAAACAAAGAAAUUGACAUGGAUAUUGGUACUGUCAUUUUUCACUUCUGUUUCAGGAAAAAAAAAAUCCUACAUAUUUUUUAGCUCAACUUGGGGUAAUUAUUAAGAAAUUCAAAACUAAAAAAUUGCAGCUCACUUCUAGUGAAUAAGAUGCCUUUAACCUUUCCAUUCCAUCUCAUCUCUAGAGUUUUCUAUCUUUUGUGUAGUAUAUUAAUGCUAUUUUAAAACAAAAGGAGACGAUGAAUAUCUAAAGGUCAUUUAGCCGUUGUUCUCCCCCCCCAUACAGUUUUUUUCCCCCCUUCCAUGUGUAUAGGACGACUUCCAUUUAAGAGGCAUGUAAAAAUGAGCUCCGUAUGUUUGUCUGUUUAUAUUGCUUCCCUUUUUUGUAUCCUUUGUAAUUGUACAUGGUGAGUUGUAAGCUAAGAGAGCGCGGUAGAUGGAGAGAGAGCGUGAGCCACGACGUGCCAGUCUCCUUCUCUCUCCUCUCUAUUUCCUCCCUGUAUGUAUUUCCAUUUAUUUGUUUCUUAUAUUUUUCUUUCUUAGCAAGUACUUUCAAAGAACUCUGUACAUUUUUAACAUGAAACAAAAAUAAAUUAUGUUGAGCCGUUU